AUGGCUUCACAUGUGCGACCAGCGCUGCGAAGCGCAGUCGACGCGUCCGUUGAGGCCCUGAGCGGGUUGGUGAGGCGGAUCAAUAUCCCGCUCUUACCCAACAGUCCACCGGGCUUAGUACAGGCACUCACGGUAGAUCCGUGGUCACAAUCGGGGAAAUAUGGGCUGGGUUGGACAUAUUUUGCGCUUGCUUUGGGAGGACUGACGCUGUUUAUGAGGAUAUGGCACUACUGGCAGGAUAAGAUUCGGCAGGCGAUCUACAAGCAGGAUAUGGAGAAGCACUUUCAACAGCUCUACAGCAUGGAACCGGAGUGGGAUAGAUCGGCUGCCCUGGCGACGGGGGCGACAGCGCAGACGGCGGCUGAAUCACGACGACACUUCUUUCCGGACGAGCAGCAGGCUGAGGAGGAGAAGAAUUUCAAGCCGAAAGCGCAUUUUUCAUCUGUCGGAUUUGUCAACGAUACUCUGGCGCUAUUCCGAUGGGUUUUUUAUCGACCAGUGCCAGACAUUGUCUGGAGAAAACACCGCUUCACCUUUUCCUCACUCGCGGUGCUGAGUUGCGCCUUUAUCGCCCUGGCCUUCGUCACGGUCUACUGCUUCUUACAGCAACCCCUAUACUGGCAAAGCAUCCGGUUCGGAUCACCACCGGUGGCCGUUCGGUCCGGCAUGAUUGCCGUUGCCAUGACACCGUGGAUCAUUGCCACUAGCACCAAGGCCAAUAUCAUCACGCUGAUCACCGGCAUUGGACCCGAGAGACUCAACGUAUUCCACCGUUGGCUAAGCUACCUCUGCCUGUUUCUCUCCUUGAUUCACAUGAUCCCAUUCUACAUCCAGCCGGUCUGGGAGGAUGGCGGCAUGGAGGUCUUCGAGGCGCUGUUUCCUCCCGGUAGCGGCAUCAUCUAUGGUUCUGGAAUUGCAUGCAUGGUCCCUCUGGGGUGGCUUUGUGUGGGAUCGUUACCACUGUUCCGAAGAAAGGCAUACGAAGUUUUCAUCCUUUUCCAUAUCCCAGUCGGUUACGUUUACGUCGGUGUGCUCUUUUGGCAUACCAAGAACUUUCUCAUGUCAUGGGCCUACUUGUAUGCGACAGUGGCCAUCAUCGUCUUCUGCAACCUGUACCGUUUCUGCAAGCUGAAUUGGACCAAGCCAUGGCGCAUGUCGUUUUUGAUUGGAGACGAAGCAGCCAUCAACAUCAUGACGGAGAACGCCAUCAAGAUCACCAUCCCAACUCAGAUGAGGUGGAAGCCGGGCCAGUACGUUUAUCUACGCAUGCCGGGCAUUUCCAUGUUCGAGAACCAUCCUUUCACCAUCUCGUCUCUUUGCAGCGCAGACUUUCCAUCUGAAUACGGCGAGGAGUACAGAGAUUGUGUGCUGGUGUUCCGGCCAUAUGGAGGCUUUACGAAGAAGGUGCUCGAGACGGCCAUUGAUAAGGGGCCUUUCCACACCUACCGCGCGUUUCUCGACGGCCCGUACGGUGGUAUGCGCCGAGAGCUUGCCGCAUUUGAUACCUGCAUCCUCAUCGCCGGUGGCAGCGGUAUCACAUCGCUCAUGUCACAGCUGCUAAAUCUGAUCAAGCGCAUGCGGGACGGCAAGGCCAUCACCAAGAAAAUCGUCGUGGUGUGGUCGCUCAAGCGGCUCGAGGCCAUGGACUGGUUCCGGGAAGAGCUCCGUAUCUGUCGUGAAGCCGCGCCCCCUGAGAGUGUUACCUGCAAGUUUUUCGUUACCGCAUCAGUCCGGAAGCCGCCAAAUUCUGGCAUUCCUCAUGGUCGUGCGCCCAGGCCGCUCAGCAAUGCAUUCCACGACAAGCUGGAUGGCUUUGUGGCCAACAUUGCUAGCAAACGCAACAGCGCCCUGAUCAUGUCCGAGGCCCAAGGCGACCCCGACAGAGAGCGGGAGCUGCGUGCUGAGGAUGAGGACCGCAUCACAGCGCUCCCUCAGCAGAAAUAUCUUCAACCACACACCUUCCCACCACCGCCACCGGGGCCUCCCCCCAACAACAACAACAACAACAACAACAACAGGCUAUCUGUUGCGGAACAAACCCUUCGAAAACUUGAAGGCCGCGACGAUGAGAUCAAGCCCGUUGAAGGCGAACAGCAACAAUAUUUACACCCCCCAGCCCCUUCCAGCAACGCACCCUCAACCAAAAAGAGCGAACCCGGCGGUGAGUUCCAUUUCCCCCCUCUAGCCCGGGAGAAUGCGGCUCCCCAUUUCAAAUACGCACCUCCUGCCGGCCGCAAGCGAUACAGCCAGAUCCUCUCCGAGUCCGACCCCCGGCCCAGCGGAGCCGGCAGCGGCGGUAGCAUCGAUGCCCGACCGACUACCAGCGAGCUCGGCCACCAACACGCCGACUCAUCCGGCAGCACGGAACCUUUCGCCACUCACCCCUCGCCCCCAGCAGCAGCAGAACCAACAGCCGAAUCCUCCACUGCUCCCGUCCGCCCACCAGAACUAGCCCACCUUCGCACCGACGUCGGCGGCGACCCCCGCCGCCCAAGACCAACUUCCCAUUUUGGGCCUCCCUCAGGGUUUGAUUUUGGCUUUCCAGAAACACCGACCGAAUUUCAGCGCAAUCUUAUGAGGUUUGCGUUUCCUGUCCCGCACGAGAUUGACGGCGGGUGGUCGGUGGAGUAUGGGAGGCCAGAUUUGGGGUACAUGCUCAAGGAGUGGGCGACAGGAGGGCCGGAUGGGAGGGGCGUGUUGGGGAGGAGGACCGCGGUGUUUGUGUGUGGGCCGCCGGCGAUGAGAGUGGGCGUGGCGAAUACGGUUGCGAGGUUGCAGGCCGAGAUUUGGGGGGAUGACAUGCUCGAGGAGAUCUUUUUGCAUACAGAGAACUAUGCGUUGUAA